AUGACCGUCCGCAAUCACAAGUUUACCCCGGAGGUGUUGCUCUCUGCCCCGCGUCGAUCGGUGGCGAGUCCCAAUAAAGAUGGCACUUUAUCCCUCUUCAUGGUGUCAACAUAUGUCUUUCAGACUCACACAAAGUCGGUGGAGAUUCGGCUCUUGAAUUUAGAGACCCACGCUUUACGAGUUCUCAGUAAAGAUGUCAUGGCGUCAGAGGCAGUCUGGCUCGGAGACAAAAACUUUGUACUGUUCCUAAGGGGCGAAGAGAAGGGAAACACCAGUCUUUACUUGGUCGAUGCCAACAGACUUGAUGAUGGACCCCGAUUGCUUUCAACCUUCAAUGGGUCCCUUUCCAAUCUCAAGACUACGAAGAUCAGUUCCGAUACCUAUGCCAUUGCUCUGACGGGUCCUGCCAACCCCGCCGGCGAGCUUCAUAACCCUGAGACAGCGAAGAAGCCCCUCUCUAGUGCACGAGUAUACAACAAUCUAUUUGUGAGACAUUGGGAUGAAUAUGUGUCAGAGAACAAAAACGCUAUAUGGUACACAACCUUAAAGAAAGUCCAUGGAGCAUACCGGACACCCAUUUCUCCCUUAAAAAAUGCCUUGAAUGGAAGUCUCGUGCCAUUAGAAUCACCUGCACCAUUCUGCGGCGCUGCUAACUAUGAUAUUUGUGAGAACGGCAUGGUAUUUGUUGCUAGGGAUCCUAAGCUCGAUCCUUCCAACCAUACCAAGACGGACCUCUAUUACGUUCCCUUCAAAACAUUUGAGGAAGAGCGUGCCCCUGCUCCACUCAUCGUACCGACAGGGGGUUUUCAAGGCUAUUCCAGUACUCCCGUCUUCUCUCCCGAUGGUAAAUCGAUCGCGUUUACCCGAAUGAAGAGCAAUGUCUAUGAAAGUGAUAAACCACGUAUCUUCCUGCUACCUAGCAUCUGGGAUUUGACUAAUGUUCAGGAGUUUUAUGAAACAGAAGAUGGGGAGGGUGGCUGGGAUCUAAGACCUGACAGCAUAACUUGGAGUCUAAAUGGUAAUGAACUCUAUGUGACGGCAGAGGAGAAUGGCAGGGGAAAACUAUUCACACUGCCAUCUUCUCCUCACCUUGCCACGAAUCUCCCGUUGUCAAUCGUGAAUGAUGGUACUGUUAUUGAUGUGAAACCCCUACCCAACACUAACCUUCUUGUGACCAGUAGUUCACUCAUAGAGAGUAGCACUUACUUUAUCCUCGACCCGAAAGCCCCUUCUAAACCUCGCAUUAUUUCAUCAGUAUCUAAUGGUGGAGAGAAAUUUGGACUAUUUAAACGCCAGAUUGAGGAAAUCUGGUUCAAGGGAGCUGAAGAUUACGAUGUCCAUGCAUGGGUCAUAAAACCGUCAAAUUUUGAUAAUUCAAAGAAAUAUCCUCUGGCUUACCUUAUUCACGGUGGACCUCAAGGAGCCUGGAAUGACAACUGGUCAACACGCUGGAAUCCAGCUAUCUUUGCUGAGCAAGGCUAUGUCGUAGUGACGCCGAAUCCAACGGGUAGCACGGGAUAUGGCAUGAAGCUGCAGAAUGGUAUCAAAGACAACUGGGGGGGUCGCCCGUACGUUGACCUUAUGAAAGGAUUCGAAUAUAUUGAGAAGUCUAUGCCGUUUGUCGAUACGUCACGCUCAGUUGCUCUAGGUGCUUCAUACGGCGGCUAUAUGGUCAAUUGGAUCCAGGGUCAUGACUUUGGCCGCAAAUUCAAGGCACUGGUAACUCAUGACGGGGUCUUGAGCACCCUCAAUCAAAUUGCGUCAGAUGAGUUGUUUUUCCCCUACCAUGACUUUGGCGGAAAGCUUUGGGAGAAUCGGCAGAAUUACGAAAAAUGGGAUCCUGCCCGCUUCCUCCAGCACUGGGCCACGCCCCACCUUGUGAUUCACAAUGAGCUAGAUUACCGUCUACCAAUUUCAGAAGGCCUAGCGACAUUCAAUGUACUACAAUCAAGAGGCAUCGAGAGUCGUUUUCUUAGCUUUCCAGAUGAAAAUCAUUGGGUUUUGAAGCCAGAGAACUCUCUGGUAUGGCACAAGGAAGUUCUUGGAUGGAUUAAUAAGUAUAGUGGCGUGGCAGAGGAACAAGAAGCUUUUCGAAGGGGGUUCUCUCAGAUUGUUGUUUCGCGAUAG